CGUCGUACCAUUUCAUUACACUCCCAACUCCCAGGCUCACGAAGAAGUGAAGAACUCUCUCUCUCUUCUCUCUCUCUCUUCCCCGCACUGCGGAAUUCCCUCCCAAAUUUCUAGGGUUAUGUUCUCCUCCAAUCACUAAUCCAUCCACUCACCGCUAUCCCUCUCUUCAAGAUCAGAAUUUUGGUUUACAAGGUGCUUAAAAAGAAUGCAAUCGAAGUCUGAAACUGCAAAUCGGGUAGAAGCUCAUUCAUACGAUCUUCCACGUUCAGCAGCAUAUGCUGAUCCCUGGUGGACAGCUGCUGGCUGUAAUCCAAUUAACCCUCGCUCGAAGCGGGCAAGUGUAUCUGAUUCAUCGUCACUGGAGCAAUCUGUUGAUGAUCAAUCACAGUCGGAUGGUGAUGAUGAUACUGCUAAAAAGUCGCAAAAUUCUGCACCUUCAGAUCAAGAUGGAAAUUAUGGGCAAGUGGAUCAGAGUCUUCAGCACGCCAAAUCAACAAUGUCUGCAAGAACCGAUGAGAGCCUUAUACAGCCACCACAGCUUGAACUUGUUGGACAUUCAAUUGCUUGCACUCCGAAUCUGUACACAGACCCAUAUUUUAUGGGGAUGAUGGCCUCUUAUGGUCAGCCAUUGGUUCCUCAGUUUCUUGAUAUGCAACAAGCUAGGAUGCCUUUGCCACUUGAAAUGACUCAAGAGCCCGUUUACGUGAAUGCCAAGCAGUAUCAUGGGAUCCUCCGGAGGAGAGAGUCACGUGCUAAAGCAGAAUCUCAAAAGAAGCUAAUAAAAGUUAGAAAGCCGUAUCUUCACGAGUCCCGACAUCAGCAUGCUUUGAAGAGGGCUAGGGGUACUGGAGGGCGUUUUGCAAAGAAAUCUGAGACAGCUGCUUCGAAAGAAACAGGCUCUGGUGCAGCUGCCGAUCCCCAACUUCCAUCGAUAAAUGGAGGCAGCAGUUACUACGUUGGAGGUUCAUCAGGUGGACGGGGGAGUAUUGCAACUAACGCAGCAUAGGAAGACAACAGAAGUGGAGUUGUUCUCGAUCUUAGCUUUUUCAAGCUGGGCGGCAAAUCAUUCUUGGCUUUGUUAUGGUUUAGGAAGGGG